UUUCUGUUCGAUCUAAAAUCGAGUUCGGAUGUAACUGAUUCGCACUAAUGGCACGUUUUUGUUAAUUGUACGUUGGGAUUAAUUUUCGGUCUUUUUAACAAUAGCUUGAUAUCGAAUUUGUGUUGUGCAAAAGUGAAUAAAAAAAUGUAUGUUUAAAACCAGACAUAAAUUUUUACACUUGCUCAUAUAUGUACAUACAUAUGCAGAUAAGGAUAUGUACAUAAUGUAACGGACCAAUCUAAUAAAAAACAAUGAACAAACCACGAUUCGUCUAUCAAAUCAAACGAAAUAUCUACACACACAUUCGUUCGUCACACAGCACAUUAACCAAUUGAAACAAAACGGCACCAAAGUCAGCCAGCACAAAGUAUACUAUAAACAGCAAAAACCGCCAUCACAACAUCAGCAGUACCAGCAGCAACUGCCACACAAACUUAGAGACCCCCUGACAUUUAAAUUUUUUCCUACACUUUUGUGGUACAUUGCAUUGGAUUUUUUUUUGUGCAACAACGUGCGCAUCAAUAAUAUUAUCUCUAGCAGCAACAGCUUCAACGGUAGCCGCACUUACAAUCUAAACUACAGCUCAAAAAUCACAGCGCCGGCAUCGAGGAAACUAUACAAGCCAAACCACAACGCGCCGUGACGAAGUCAUCAUAUGGUGUUUUUGCUGGAAUUGUGGUUGUCGCUUGACGCAUUAAUCACAGCUGAGAACAGCGCACAAGUGAAAUAUUUGCUUGAAUUGGAUCGGAGCAGGCGCAUAACUCUGCAACUAACUUGACCGCAAAAUAUUCAAAAAUAUCAAAAAAGCCAACAAGACGGAAAUUAGAUAAAUGGGACUUUGUGCGAACACGUCAAAGCAGCAUAACUUGUAGAGUGUGAAACAGUGGAUAAAAUGCAUUAAUAAUUGUAUCUCUGCUUAAAAGCAACACUCAGUAGCCAUAACAGGAGGAACAUGUCCGCCAUAUUAUUUUCUCAGGAUUGUGAACAGGAGAAUCAACAAACAGAUGAACUGGAAUCGGAUGAGCUUGCAUUUACAGAAGAUUCAUAUAACGGUUUUAGUAAAGAAAUAAACAAUGAAUCCGAAAUCAUGCCACAAUUACCGCCAAGUUUACCUAGUAUUCCUAGCACUGAUAGACCAGUUAACGACUCUUUCAAUAUUAACGCUGUCGAGCCACAAUUCGAGAGCGAUUGCAAUGGCCUCUUGAAUAGUAAAAUGGCGGCUUUAGUGUUGAAUGAGGGCGAUUGUAUUCAAUGUGAUGGCGGCAGUGAUAGCGGCCUUGACACAGCGACCACGAAGCUUGUUGGUGGAACAAUUUCUGGCAGUAACGACAACAUUGACAGCAAUUGCAAUGAGAAAGGUAGUGUCGCCACAAAAAACACAACAUUACAACGUGCUUUGAGCAGUACUAGUGGUGGCUACGCCAGCAGCACGGGUGGUAUAGAUGAUGUCAAUAAUCAGACGGCGAUGCCUGCGGCGUUGCAGCCGUCUAAUGUGAGUAACGCAAGUAUGCAAGGUCUAAAUAUCUCGGGCAACUCUAGUUUGCUUAGUUGUGGCUCAGAGCUGGCGACCAGCACCACCAACGGUGCGGUGUCCUCAGCAACGCAAAGCUUUGAGUGUUAUAGCGAGAACGGCAGCGAAAGUUCUUCAAUGCUGGGUGGUGGCACUGUGUCGACAACACCAGUACGACGCUCAAACAGUACUAAAAGUAAAAUGAGAGUUUAUGAGGCUGGUCGUGGCGCUUUUGCCACUCCAAUGUCCCGCAGCAUGCGAGAACGUGAUUGCAGCAGUACACCAAUUUCUGGGAACUCAACUUCCGCGGCUGGCAACCAAGUUAAUAGCGCAACAACUCCACGUAUGCGUCCAAUUAGUAUAAAGCGUACUUCAUCUUUGUCGCGUCAUGUACCUGCAGUAGCGUCGACGAUAGCACAACGUCAUGCUGACAAGCCGCAGUCGAUUAAUGCCACUAACAAGACUUUAAUGGCGGCACCAACUUCAUCCUUUCGCUCCACUACAACAACACGUGCUACAAAACCACAGAAGCCAGAUUCCUUGCCGAACACACUGAGCCGCACGCAGUCUAUGAGCAUGCAGCGUCUAGUACAACGUACACCCUCAUUGAGUCGUGCGCGUACGCCGUGUACACCUCAAGAGGAUGGCCGUUGGCCCGGCAAUUCUCGCACCUCUAGUACAGCUAGCGGGGCUGCGAAGCGUGGUGUCUCUGUGACCCCAGAUUUGAUGUCACUAAAGAUGCGCUCCUCAAACAUGAUGGCAUCGAUGGAGAUGAAGUCUACCAGCAACAACACUAGUUCAAAUCCAUAUAGCACGCUGCCGCGGCGGCGUAAACAAAAAUCUGUCGAAGACUUGACAGCGACGCCUGACUCGCGCAGCAGUUCAAUAACGCGUGAUACACGUAUGACCACAUCGGUAAUGGUAACCACCCGCCGAAGUCUAGUAAGCGCCUUUGGUGCAUCAACGCCACAAAGCAACCAACCGCGCUCGUUGAUACAUACGCGAAAAACGCCAGCGCAGCCACCUAAAACGCGCAUAUACCAUGAGACUAGCGUUCAGACGGCGCUCACCGGGGAAGAUUUGGAGAAUGUGUUUGCUGGGCGGACGCCAGCAACGCGUGCUGUAGAUGCAGUUGAACAAAAUGAACAGACCACACAGACUGAUAUACGUGAUGCUGAAUUAGAGCGAUUACGAGAUGAGGUGCGUCAAUUAGCACAGCGUGAACAUGAACUGAGUGCUAAGCUUCAACGCGAACGUGAAGAGAAGUUGGCUACACAGCGUGAAUUAAAUUUAAAUACGGAACGGGUGAUGGGUAUGUUGGAGAAGGCACGUUUAGCGGGCGGAAAAUACGGUAUUACAGGCGGCAGCGUCAGCGGCAUUAGUUUGGACGGCGACGCUACUACGCCAACUUCGGACGAAGGCAGUGGAAGUGGUCACGACAGUUUACUCAUGUUGGAAUCGCAAAUACAAAUGAGUGGUAAUGAGUUAAUCGAGCGUCAACACGAAAUUGGACAACUGCGUCAGUUGUGCCGAUCCUUACAGCUUGAAAUGAAUCGUUCACUGGCCGCCCAGGAAUGUUUGUUGCAAGAAAAAGCCGCCAUCGAGCAGGAGUCGAAUGAAUUACAAGACUUUCUGCAACAUGAAAAAUCAGCAUUAUGUGAUGCAUUAAAAGAACUAGAGAAUGAGCAUCAAGCUUGCAAACAACAGUUGUCGGGGCGUGAAGAAGAGGUGAAGGUUUUGCGCGAUGAAUGUCGUCACUUAGUGCGGCUUAAUGAGCAGCGAAGACAGGAGAACCGUAUGCUACAAUCCAAAUAUGCAGCACUGGAAAGUAAAUCGAAGGAAAUGAUGAUGCAACAAAACUAUUCGGUCUCGGGCGCAUCUGCUGCAUUAUCGGGCCUGCAUUCCCGUUUGGAUAGUUUAGUUGAACAAUUGGUCUCCACUUAUAAUAUAACUGAACACGAUUUGGAGGAUAUCGGUUUCCAGUCAGAAGUACAACAAAAUCACGGCAACGCCUUGGAGUCGCGAUCAACGCAAAAUGUGGACGAUUAUCUAGGUCGAAUGCCAACGAACAUAAAUGCAAAUGGGCUGGACUUUUGCACACACUCUCAACAGUUCUUACCACAGCCGAGUGAUGGAUCUUUGUCACCACAAAGAAAUCAAUCAUUCAUUGCGGCCGUAAUAAGUGCCAUACGUAAUGCAACUACUCCGUCUAGUAAAAAACUAUUGGCGCGAAAUGGAAAACGCAUAAGUAUUGAAAACGCUGGUGUGAGUGAUUCAAACGGUCAGGCUGCGACAAAAAAUAAUAACAACUACAAUGGAGAUACAAAGAAUGUCGGUGGUGAUGACUCGGAUUCCACUGAGAUGCUCGAUUCUGAGACAGAACCCUGUCUAAUGAUGGAUAACGUGCUGGAAGAUGUGACAAUGCCCGAUUCUCAUUCACACAAUAUGGUCUCAUCAUGCACGGGUAUUAUAUCUCAGUUGGAAGUACCGUCGGAACUGAUUAAUCCCGCAUCUGGCGAUGAAUCAUUGCAUAACUUGUCACAAGCUAUUGUGAAUCGACAACAAAUGGAAUUGCAGAUCAGCAACAUGCACAGUGUACAAAAAGCAACACUACAAUUGAAUCAAUGCGAGCAUGAUAACUCCGAUGAUGCUAGUUGCCAUGACUCAGUGGCGGAAAUGCCUUCUCUAAUGGAGUAUUGCACAGCGCAAGCAGUGGUGGACCAGGUGAUCGAAGUGGACAGCUUGGUAACCAAAUUGCUCAAGGUCCUACGUCUCAUACAAAUGGACAACGAUAAUUGCAUACAGCAGCUUAUUGUCGAUAAGAAUAAGUUACAAGAGAAUAAAGAGGAUAUGUUGGAGAAAAUAAAAGAUUUGCAGGAUGUGAACAUAAAGUUGCAAGAUGAGCUUAUGGAUGCCACACAAGAGCUAAUGUUAAAGAAUAACGAUUUGUCGAACACGAAAGCCGAAAUGCAACGACACCGUAAUGAGAUCGAUCGUCUAACGCAGGACAUUUGCAAUUUGAGUACGCUCUGCAGCAAUUACAAAAAACUCUCACCGACAGUUGAGUUUUCGCCUUUGCAACAGCAAUUGCUCGGUCCCAACCAAACRUCGUUGAACAGCAUAACAACCGACGAGGGCGAAAUCAUUGGCAAUGGGGCAGAAAAUGAUGCAGAGAGCAUUUUGAAUUUGCUGAAAAUGUGGCAGACAGAAGGUCAAUUCAAUGAGCUCAAGAUUCGAGACUUCCUCAGCACCUUUGUUAAGUGCCAGCGGUGUGUGCCAGAGCAAAAGCAGGAGAACAGCAACACUGAGCGCUUGCGUGUGUACGCCAACCAAUUGCAGAAUAUAUUGUCAGUGCUGCAAGCAUGCGAUGAAUCAACACUAAAUUAUGCAGAUUUGCAAAAGCUACGUUGUGACAUUGAGAUAGUUAAGGCGAACGCAAAUUGGUCAAGUAUAAUCGCUGAUCGAGCGGCGGAAGUGAAUUGUAACAAUGGCAAGCUGUUGAAAGCUAACAGUAAUAAUAGCAAUGAGGAUGUUAAUGCCAAUGCGGCGUUUGAAGAGAAGGAAGUCAAUUGAUAAGUUAAAUAAUGAAAUGGUGGGUUUCCUAUAAAUAGAAUAUGACAAAAGGUUAGUCAGAAUAUUUAAAUGAGGAAUCAGCAUAAUUCGCUCCAUACGCCAUCCAAAAAUGUCCAUUUAUGUAUAUUUAUUAACUAAUUAGCGUUAUUUAUUGCAUAAUAGAACUUACGUUUAAGGGCCUAAAAUGCCAUAGGAAUGAGUAGUUUUAUAAAGUAAGCUUAGCAUUUGUCGUCAAACAUUCCUUUCUUGGCUUCUUUGUGCAAAAAAUUGAUCGGAGACUAGCUUAUAUGCGACAAGGACAGACUUAAAUAACGUUACUGAAAUUUGAGAAAACUUUUUUUAUUGAAAUUAUAUAUUACUACUAUGAGCAAAAAGUUGUAAGACUAAUUUUGAAAUCUAUUCUUUAAAAUCUAUGUCGUGCCAACGUUUUUUCCAGUCCUUGAAACGGGAUACACUUAAAAUACCGAAGUUCAAAAUGCCGACACAUCGAAAUACCGACAAAAUUUAAAUAUGCAGUGAAAUCAAAACACCGACAAACCAAAAUGCCGACAUGUGAAAAAUAUUUUAUCUUGUCUGCUAUUAUUUCUAUCGAAGAACAGAAAGAGAAUUCUACUGACUAAGGGUUAUGAUCGUCGGGAUUACAAAAUUCGAGAUUUCGAUUGACGGAAUUUCAGUAUACACCCCCUUGAAACAGUUGUAAGAUAGUAAAGUCUUCAAUUCACUCAAAACGUUUUCCCCGGAGCGAUUGUUUGAAUUUUCUGAAUAGACAGAAGUCUCAGAGAGCUAUUUCAGGUGAAUACGGUGGUCGCGGCACAAUUUUAGUUGAAAAUUUCCCGAAAAAUUUACGAAGAAUCAAUGCAGUAUGCGAUGGAGUAUUAUCGUAGUGCAAAAAUCAAAAGUUGUCGGCCAUAAUUCUGACUUCUUUUUACAAAUAGCUUCGCUCAAACGAUGAAUAGCACUCAAAUAGUUUUCCUUGUUGGCAGUUUGGCCGGUUUUUUGGCUUCGGCUCCGGCUCCGGCUCACUUUUGUCACGAUAUUCGGUCGAUUGAUCGUGUGUUUCCAGGUCGAAGGCAUAGAUCUAAAACUCCAGACCAGUAGUAAUAUGUUUCAUGACAUCCUGGUAGUCAGAAAGCAUUUUACAGACGUUAAUGUGACGCUAUUUUUCGAAAAUAUUUGGUGAAUUUGGAAGCAAUCUGCUUUCACUUUUCUUAGACCCAAAUUAUCUUU